AUGGCGCUCCCUCCUUCUGCCCUCAUUUCUAGCCGCCGCUUUCACCGCCGUGUCAUUCUCAAUACAGCAUAUGGAGCGCUCACUGUCACGUAUGCCGACAUCGGAUGCGCCACGGGCCCUACAGUGCUCUUCAUGCCGGGUAUGUUUGCCUCGCGCUAUCUGGGUAUUCCUAUGCAUGUAGUUGCAGAGCAUGCUGGUGUGCGCCUACUUGUUGUCGAUCGACCAGGCAUGGGCGGGUCAACCGAUGUACCACUUGCCCAACGCGUUGCUGUCUGGGUUGAUAUGCUGCCGCGCCUGUUAGAACAUCUCAGCAUUCCAAAAGUCAAUCUUGUCUCGCAUAGCGCUGGCACUAUCUACCUGCUUAAUACCUGGGCGCAGUGCCGUGAAUUUGUGGGCCCGGUCAUCACUUUAUUAGCCCCCUGGGUGGAUCCCGCCCACUCGCAUGUUAUGGCGAUGCAAAUGGCGCAGUAUGUGCCCACCAAGGCGUUCGCAGUCUGGCACCAUAUUCCACGCUUCUUCAUAACUCAGGCAAGCCCUAUGCUAGCGUCGAGCGGUGCCCUGGUCCGCCAGAUAUCAUCGAAUGGCAACCAGACGGCAGAGGACCGCUCGUUUCUUGAUGCCCAGUGGCGGCGUGUUGAACGCGACUAUGGCGUACCGCAUGAGGAACAGGCAGAGUUUGCUCGCCUCGCUCUGUCCUAUAUGUUUGCAGAAAAUACUGUUGGUGGGAAUAGUGAGGCCUUGCAGUGCCUUCGGAAGGAUGGCGUCGACUGGGGUGUCUGCUCGGACUAUGCUCGCUGCGCGCAGAUGCUCGCCGCCCGCGAACAGUCCACUGGCGUCACUGUCCGUACAUACUUUGCUACUAAGGAUGCCUUGGUAGGUAAUAAAGGGCAAAAGUACUUUGAAGAGUGCUGGCAGGCACCGGGCAUGGAGGCCAUUAACUUUGUCUCUACGACGGUGAAAGACACAGAUCAUGACACGCUAGUGCAAUCAAUAGGGGUCUGGGAGGAGAUAUUCUCUUCGUUGCGGUAG